GGUUCUUAUUGCAGCGGUUACGCAGGCAAGAUUCUGACUGAGGGAUAGAAAUAGGGAGCAAGAAAGGGUUUCUGGUCUCUUAGGUCGGUGAAAGCGUGGGCGCAGCUUGUGGACCCUGGGGUAAAAAUGACAAAGUGCUGACAUCACAGCGGGUCCUGAUUUGCAGUGCCCACGCACCUUUUUACCCAUCGUCCAUCUUGAUGCAUAAAAUGGUGGGCUGAAGAGAGGGCAGUGAGUUUCACCGGGGCCUGGUGGAUACCCAAAUUGAAAUUAUUUGUAAACAAACCAUAUCUCCACCCAGCAAGAUCUUCUAACUCCCCCGCCUCGCAAAUUGUACAUCUGCGGUCAAGAAAUGGUAAUUAGGUGGAGUAGUAAAUAGGUUUUUAAGUGCAUUGGCGCAGCAAAUUUCAAGGCUAAGAGAGAAAGACUGCCUCUGAUCCGUGCAGGAAGAAGAGACAGGAAAAUAAAACUCAACAUGGAAAAAGUCCCUCAGGAAAACAAAGUUGAGGAGCAAGCCCCAGUGAAGAAUGAAGAAGAAGCUGGUCCUUUAGAAGAUGAAGGCCAGGAGCGUGGAGGAAAUGUUAGAAGGGAUUGGAUUCCACCAGCACAGGACUUUAGAGAGGAUGCGCCUAAUAGGCUUGCUGAUAACAUUGAUUUGAUAGAUGGAGAUGCAGAUGAUAUGGAACGGUUCAUGGAGGAGAUGAGAGAGCUAAGGAGGAAAAUUAGGGAGCUUCAGUUGAGAUACAGUCUGCGCAUUCUUAUAGGAGACCCCCCUCACCAUGAUCAUCAUGAUGAAUUUUGCCUUAUGCCUUGAAUCUUGAGAUUAAUAAUUAUAAGCCCUCUCUGCUUUGAAAACUUGCAUUUUCCUGAUAGACCUUUAAUGUGAACCUUUUGAUGUUCUUCUGUCAUUUUCUGAUUAGAGAUAUCAUUUUGACCCAGUCUGUAAGUUCUUUUGUCAACAGGGGAGUUUCAUCAACUUGCAUGAAAACAUAUUUAUCACAUAUUAUCACAAAGUUAAUAAAGCAAUUAAAAAAUCAGUCUA